AUGGUAACUACAGAAAAUGCAGAAGAUUGGCGUCAACCUUUUAUAGAAUAUUUGCAAAUAGAAAAGUUGUCGGAUGAUAAGUCAACGGUGCAUGAGAUAAGGAAAAGAGCUUUGCCGUAUGCCUUAAUAGAUAAUGUUAUGUACCGAAGAUCUUUCGACCAAUGGUGGUUGAGAUGCGUGAACGGUUUAAAAGCUCAAGAAACCGUUAAGGAUGUACAUUCAGGACUUUGUGGUGCUCAUCAGCCAGAACAUGAGCUGAAAAAAUAUGAGAAAGUAAGAAAGCAGAACUUCGAGCAUUUUCAGAGGCUUCAAGGAAAGUAUGUUAAUAUACUUGAAGGAUUGGAAUUGCACACCAAUGUAUUCAUAUUGACAGUGAGCAGUAGUAAGAAGUUGUGGAGCGUGUCUUUUUGGAAAGAGACAUGGGUUGUGCUGGACAAGGAAGGAAAUCCACCUGGAAUGAUUUGCCACGACAAAGUUGACCCCUUACCAUCAUUCAUAAAGAGGAUGAUUAAACGAUUGGUGACUUGGCAUACCUUACCGGCAGAUUGUAUUCCCAAUAGCUGCAUAGUUAAUAUCUACGUGGCUGGUGACUUUUUGGUUUUGAAAGGGAAUGGUGCUGAUGUAGCUAAACACUACAUCCUUGGAGUACUAUAUCCAAGAGUUUCUAUAACCUUCAGGAGAAUGAAUGAAGACAAUAUGUCAUUCCGUUUUAGGCCUGAUCCUGAGAUAGAGAGCUUACAGCCUUAUGAGCUAUGA